AUGGAGCACACUUUUGACGGUGUUGAACGGACGUUUCCGAAGAAGAGGAGUGGUGUGGGCAUGAUCGGGCCAAAUAGUUUUGAUCGAAAGAAGAAACGUUCGAUGGUGAAGACAUCCAGUAGGAUGAGUGCAUCGCAGUCGCGCUUAGUGAUGAAUGACGAUGAUGUAACUGAAUUAACAAAGAAGAAAAAAAAAGGCUCGAAAGCAAGACAACGCAAACGAUCCGCAAAGUUUGAGUCCAAAAUAGCGGCUAAAAAAGCAGCAUCCGAAGCUGCUUCAGCGGCCACAACCGAAGGCACGGUCAGUGAAGCUGGUGUUAGCGAUCAGUUGAAGUUGGAUCCACGAGAAGUUGACAGUGAUGAUGCUGACGAAAAAGAGGAAGGUGCUGAAGAGUCAACGGAUUCUGAUGAGUCUGAUGAAGGGAGUGAAAGUAUCGGCGGUAGUGAAUCGAACAGCAAGAUUAUCAGCGCCAACAUGAGGAUUCAGCAAGAUGCUGGUGCAGAGGAUCGCUCCGAAAACGAUAGUAGUGAUGAUUCAGAAGAAGAA